ACAGUAUAUUUAAAACAUGCAUAGAUUAAUGCAUGGUGUAAUGAUUUGAUAUUUUGUAACAUGACGCAGAUGUUUUCCUUGAAUUUCAUAUGUUCUCCAUUUCAUACUGGAGAUUUAAGCAACACGUAUUAAUACAUCAUCCUACUUUACAUUUCCUACAAAUUGUGUUGCCUGUAGUUGAUCAAUAAUAUGUUCAUUUUAAUUUCCUAUCUUUUCAGCUGACAAGGUAAUUGGUCUUCAUGGAUGAGAAGCGAGUGGCAGACUACUUUGUGGUAGCAGGACUGACCGAUCAAAUCUUGCCACUGGACGAAUUUUCAAAUGAGGCCAUUCUGAAGCCAAAUCACAAGCCUGAACCCAUAACAGACAUAGCAGUAAUAGUGAAAAGCCUUGGGGAACAGUGUCCAGAUGGAUUUACAUGUAUUGAAAAAACCCCUACGGGAUUUCCAGCAGAUUUGAAUCAUGGGAGUUUGCGCAGUCCUGAAGUUUAUAUUUGCAUACAGCGAGGGCGAGAUAAACCUCCAAUCACGGACAUUGGUGUUUUGUAUGAGGGGAAAGAGCGUGUGUUACCUGGAUGUGAGGUGAUGCACCUGACACCAUACGGAAGGCCUGCCAAUGUCAACAACAGUAACAGUAGUCGUACCUACAUCACGUAUCGCCGAGCCUCGGAGAACGCACCCAGUGACACACUGGCAGUCACUGAUGUCUGUAUUAUACUCACAAACAAGGGGGAGGUGGCCCCUCAUGCCUUCUGCCAAAUCCCAAAGACCCUCAAUAAGGGAAUGGUGGGAUCUGAUGUAUAUUUAUGUUAUAAGAAGUCCAUGACCAAAACCAAUGUGCUAGCAUACAAGCCAGGUAUAGUUUACAGAUACCCAGCAGUUGACUCUGAGGAAUUCCCUCUCCCAGCAUCUGUACCCCUGUUUUGUAUGCCUAUGGGUGCUAUGAUAGAGUGUUGGCCAGCCAAGGCCCACAGACCCAAACCUGUGUUCUCUACCUUUGUCCUCACUGGAGAUAGGUGGGAUAAGGUUUAUGGUGCUGCUGUCACAUUUUACGAAACCUACAAUGAGGAAAAACUUACAUCGGAACAGAGAAGAAAUUUAGGUUUAUUAGAAGAGCAUAAUAGUCAACCCAAAAUGUUGGUCCACGCCAACAAGUCCAUUUGCCUCUUGUCUCACUGGCCAUUCUUUGAUACCUUCAAAAGGUUUUUAACAGUGCUUUUCAAGAUGACGUUGAAUGGAAUUGAGAGUCCAGUGCCAAUAGAAAGGUAUAUUUCCCAUUUUAUGUGGGAUGUACCAUUCCCCUCUCCCUCAAGGCCUAGAAUUCUACUGCAGUUGGGCAGUGAUCUGAUAUCGUUAUCACAACCUGAGGAUACACCUUUGCGUCAAAGUGGUGCUUCUUUUUCUACCCUUCUCAAAAACCUUGGACCUGACAACUGCAUGAACGUUCUCCUGUUCUCAUUGCUGGAACAUAAGAUAGUGAUUCACUCUCUCAGGCCUGCAGUUCUCACCAGUGUGGCUGAAGCUGUGGUGACGUUGAUCUUCCCCUUCCAGUGGCAAUGUCCAUACAUUCCAUUAUGUCCUUUGGGCUUCUCAGAAGUGCUCAGUGCCCCCACUCCUUUCAUAGUCGGUGUGGACUCCAGGUAUUUUGACCUGUAUGACCCACCUCCAGAUGUGACAUGUGUAGAUUUAGAUACAAACACAAUCUCACAGUCUGAAGACAAAAAAUCUAUGAACUACAAGAUUUUGCCAAAGAAGCCAGUACGUGUAUUGAGAAACACACUGAUGCAUUUAUGUGAACAGCUGCAAACUCAAUCCCCAGCUACCGAUGUUGGCCAGAUGAGCUUGCUUGAUUCUGAUUUCAAGAAGAAGAAGAAAGAGCAACGUAUGGAGACUGCCAUCCAGGAAGCAUUUUUGCGUUUUAUGGCAUCUAUACUGAAAGGCUACAAGAACUACCUCAAACCAAUUACCAAGGCACCAAAUGACAGGACAACUGAUGCCUCCUCUCUUUUCGAUAUGUCAGGAUUUUUGAAAAGCCGGGAUAGAGCCUACCAAAAAUUCUUCACACAGAUGAUGAAGACCCAGAAUUUCUGCAGGUUCAUUGAAGAAAGAUCAUUUACUUCUGAAAAGAAUUCAAACUUGGUCUUCUUUGAUGAGUGCACAGAAAAGGUGGAUGAAAACAAAGAUGAACCAAGACUAAUUGAAAUCGACGAUUCACAGAAGAGUGAGAGAACUGUUGUGAUCACGCCUCCUGACCCCGCAGACUUCCCAGAGGGAAGUAGUUUUCGAUACAAAGGAUUCCCUGAAUUGAAGGAGGAAUUGUUUUUAAAACAGGAUAACAACACCUUCAAGACCCCCAGCAAACAGGGGCCCUGUCCUAAUGGGCCUAUGGCGAGGAGAUCCAACUAUGAGAUAAAGUCAGCACAGAAGACCGCACAGAAGCAUGCUGAGACGCCAGUGUUGUGGGCCAAGUGUCUCCUGGCACACACCUACAGCCUGUGGUUCAUCCACCUGCCAGCCUAUGUCCAUGUCACCCCAACCAAGAACAGAGCUCUCAGGAUAGCAUACAAUGUGCUCAUUAAGAUGCAGACAGCCAGACUACAACCUCCUGAUGAGGUGUGUUACCGUGUGAUGAUGCAGCUUUGUGGUCAGUACCACCAGCCAGUGCUUGCUGUUAGAGUGCUGUUUCAAAUGAAGCGCUGUGGAAUCCAGCCAAAUGCUGUCACGUAUGGGUAUUACAACAAGGCUGUCCUUGAGAGCAAAUGGCCAGCUGCAGCAUCCACUGCAUACAUCAUGUGGAACAAGCUACGCAAUGUUGUCAUGGCCAUCGCCCAGUUGCGAAAAGGCUUGCGGAGACGCAGUAUGUCUAUUUCUUCUAUGAACUCGGACAGUGAGUAUGAUCGACUCAGCAGAGCCAGUCUUGAUAGCAUUUUGGAUGAUGUGCAGCCCUUGCCUGAGAAAGCAGAGCCAGCAGCUAAGAAAGCACCUGAACAGUUUGAAGAUUUGGUGAAGUUUGAUGGCCCUGAAGAAAAGCAAAGUACAGGUGCUUUGUCAGACAAAGGUUACAGUUCUAUGACAUUGGAGGAUGCCAAAAACAUCUCUGUAGCCAUCAGCACUGGGUCUAUGGACAGGAUAGGGGAACAGGACGAACAGGAGACCGACUCUGUGGACAAGUGCUCCACGCCAAGGUCCAAGAAUCAGAGAUCAAAGAGAGGACAAAGAGGCCUUUCUAAAAAUGGAGAUCGCCAUGUGACUCUCCAGAUAGACCCGGUAGCUGAAGAGUUUAGGGCUAGAGUUGGCAGCAUAGUGAGAAACUCUGUUAGCAGUUUUGGAAGCAAUAGCAGCAUGGGGACAUUACAAGGAAGCACAUUGGGCAGUUCUGCUGGUCUUCUGAUCACAGCCAGUCGGACGUCUAUCCGCAGUGAUGAAGCCCUUGUUCUGGAUAUUGACUUGAACAACAGCUUAAGUGGGGACAAUGAAGUGAAAGACAGCAGGAGGAAGAGGCACCAUAGCAUGCCAAAUUAUGCUCAGAAAGUUUUGAACAGUUUCAGUAGCUGGAGACCUAGGCAUCGCAGUGGAGAACCCGGAGGACUACUCUGGCUUAAUUCAAAGUACAAUAUAGAAAAUGACCCUCUCUUUGAGAAUGAUGUGUUUGAGAAAAACCCAGAUCAUUUGGAAAAAGAUCCUACUAAAGAAAGAUCAAAGAGCCUCUCUUCAGGUACUAAAGGUUUCAUGGAUUAUUUCAAAAAUGGGAAAGAUAAGCACAGGAAAAGAAAUAGGGACAGAAACACAGAUGCUGGUAGUAAAGAAGACCUUUUGUCUCCAAGGGAUGAUGUGUUUUCUAGUAGCAGAGAAGACUUGUUGUAUGACAGUUUAAAAGGAAAGAGCCAGUCAAACGAAUUGCUUGUUGACAUAGACAGUACGAGCUCAACAGAUUGUGUACAGUCAAAUAACAAAGAAGAUGAAGAGCCUAACUCUGAUUCUCAUCAUGAUGUUUCUUUGUUAAGUGAGGACCAGGUUUUCAUAUCUGAGGAAGAAAUUGAUGAACAAAAAACACCAACUCCUGAAAAUAAUAAGCCUUCAUCGCCUACAAUUGGAAAAGUGGAAAAAAUUCCAACUCCUGUGACUGAAAAUGACCCUCUUGGAGCUUUUCUUUCUGCAUCUGUAGAUUCUACUGCAGGAACACAGAAAGGUGAAGUUUUUAGCGAAUUGCAAAAAGCUGGUAUUGCAGACCAAUCCAAACCUAUUUGCUCAAGUGGACCUUUAAUAGACGUGGAGCCAUUUUCUAAGCCUCCUCGGGACAAUAGGAUGUUCACAAUAGCUGAAAAUGAGGCAGACAACGCACGCAAAGCAGUAGAUCCGGAGACCCAGUCUCGGACCAGCACGGACAGCAAUAGCACACAAGAUAGUGAACAAUCCAGUUCAAGGAAGCAGAACUUCAAAAGUUUGUCCCUGAAACGCUUCAUGGACAAGAACCCAGAUUGGGAAUUGGAUGGCACCCCCCGGAAUGACAAGGAGUGCAUAUCCCGCAGUAAAAGCAUGACAUUUGGAGUACGGACCGGUGAUACUUUGUCCCCAGCAUCAAGUAAUGGCAGCCUGCAGGAAAAAUCCCCCAGCAGCAGUUUUAGUAGGUUUGCUCGAGCAGGAUCUUUCAGGAAACUGAUAAGUUCUGCACAGAACAUUGCUAAACAUGCCUCUAAUGCUAUGAGUGAUAAAUUAAAUGAAUGGAAGCAGAAUAUGGGGACCCCUACUUCCUCUCUGCAGACAGGGUCUGGUCUUACAAGCUCUGGCAGUAUGAAUUCACUACGCAAAUCACAGGAUAGUCUUGCUUCAGACUACCAAGAUGGAUUGAAGACGUCUAAAAUGCAAGCCAGUACAGAUUCUUUGAACAAGGGAUCAGAACAGGUUUCUAGAGACAAGGACAAAUAUGGUGCUGAAGACUUGCGCAGGGCUGCAGUGAACAGGCAGCAAGCUAUGUUUUCUCAGUUUGGAAGUGCUCCAAGCAGCAGAUCCUACCUUGAGCAGUACAUUCCAGCAAACAACUUCGAUGCCUCUUCAAAGUUCAGCUCCACACAGAGUCUGUCGCAUAUAAUUGCCAAUGUAGCCAUGGAAGUGGAAAUGAGCAGCUGCUGCCGUUGCAAUGGCUGCAAGUCGCUGCUGUACGAUGAACAGAUCAUGGCUGGGUGGAGUGCAGAUGACUCCAAUUUGAACACCACUUGCCAGUUUUGUGGAGCAAACUUUGUGCCUUUCUUAAACAUAUAUGUUAAGAACUACAAGGGUCAUGAUACAGCGUCAAAAUUGAAAUCUCUCAGCAAGUCGGUGGAAAGCAUGAGAAGUGUCCAGUCGGUGCCUAAUGCUAAUAGCAGAAGUGAACGUGGAGGAGAAGGCUCAGAACUUCCCACCAGCAAUGCAAGCGUGUCCUCCUCAGUCUCGGACUUAAAUGACAUUUUGCUCUAUGAUGACAAAACAGUGGAUAGCCCUCCCUCGUCCUUCAUGAACAGCCCCAGGCAGCUUAUCCCAAGCAGAUUAAACUUUCACCUUAAGGCAACUAAGCAAGUUUCGGAUGAAAUUAACAUGAGUCCAACAUCUACGACUGUGGGGCCAAUGUGUAUUCACCAUCAAGCUCCAGGGGGACGUAGGCGCUGUACCAGUGAGUGUCACACUGCGACUACAGAGCGCCAUAUGGCUUUAUCUCCUUCCAACUCGACUGUUAGUGAUUCAAUUGACGAGGAACAGGAGAGACAUGAUAGUGAUAUAUCUGAAGGGGAGAACAUGGAAAGUAAACCAGAGGAGGAGCCAAUUAGAGUCCCAUAUCUCAGUCCACUUGUCCUGAGAAAAGAACUGGAAAAUGUUCUUGGCAGUGAAGGAGACCUGUCUCUAUCUAGGGAUGAGUUCCUUGAUGAACAUCCUAUUAUCUUUUGGAAUAUGGUGUGGUAUUUCAAGCGGUUAGAUGUUCCCAGUCACAUGCCAGGCUACAUUAUGACAGCUAAGAGCAUUAACAAGGAAAAAGAAUCUAGCCAACAAGCAGAUGAUAAACUUGUUCUUGUGAGACUCAAAUGGGAUAACAUUAGACUGCAUGACGAGGUUGGACAGCCUAUGUACAAACUAUGGACCAGCAAAAGUCCAUCUGCUGCAGUCAAUGCCUUGGUGACUGAGUCCCAGGCUUUCUCUAAGAGCAUUCUUCAGCAGAUUGUGACCAGCAUCCAGUGUAAUGAUAUGUUCAGCCCAAUCAAGAUUGUGAUUCAUGAGAGACAUCGCCGCAAUAAGAAUAAGAGAUACAAACACCGCAGCAUGUAUAGGGAAAUAUGUUUCCUUUCAUUUUCUGCCUGUGGAAGAGAAAAUAUUGAUCAUGAUGCCUUUGACCGUGAAUACAAACUGGCAUUCCGUAAACUUACACCCAAGGAUAUCUCCCGCCUCCAGACAGACGACAGACCUCCCAAUGCCUCUGUCAUCUGGUGUAGGAAGAUGUUCAGCGAAUUAGAAAUCUAGAUAACUUCCUGCUCUGAUAUAAGUUUCCUGUAUCAGGAGUUGGAUACUGUGGAAUGAAUGUGUAUUGAAUGAAGCAUUUUGGCUAUGAACAUGCAAUAACACUGUGGAAUUUCAAGCAUUAUUUCGCUUAUAUAUUAAAAUGCUACUCUUGAGGAGCUUCCAAUCAAAGUGGGUGACAUUGUCCUUUGAAAAGAAGUACCAGCUGGAAUCUGAACUGUGACUGCCAGUAGUGAGGGGAAAUGGUCUUAUAUUUUUGCAUUGAGAUUAACUGUGGUUAUUAACGCAUUAUUCAGCAUGUUUAUUAAUUAUCACUAAAUAUAAUAAUGUCUUGACAAAGUAAUUGGUGCAAUAUUUUAUAUGAUGUUACACAACUAUUUAUCCUGAUAUGUAAUGAAAACAUGAUGUUCAAGUUGUGUGUAUUAUUUUAGGUGAAAAGUUUGUUUUAUCACCACUGCAGUAUUGAUGGUCUGAGGGCAGUUUGUAUCAUGAUAUAUUAUGAUAAAAAGCAAUUUUUCUGUAUUAAAUAAUUUUCAUAUCUCUCAAAUUUUUAACUUAGUAAGUGAAUAUAUUGUGUGUUUGAGUAAUGUUUUGGAAUUGGUACGUUUGUAAUAAAAAAGACACAAAGGAACUUUAUACAAACAUUUUAAUGGGCAGACUGUAUCACGUUGUAAGUGAUAUAGAGACUGGUAGAUAAUGUUUUCUUUCCUUUAUUUUUCUUUCAUUUUGACUGACUUUUGAAUUCAAUUCUGCAGAAAUAGUGAGUUUGAGACAUGAUUUUGAAUUGUUCUUUAUAUUUAAAAAAAUCAAAAAUAAUUUAAAACAUGGUGCAGCGGUAUUCAUAAUUCAGUUUCUAGGACAGUUGUUCAUUUUAGAAUGAGUAAAGUAUUAAAAGAACAAUUUAAGAUCAUUCUCAGACAUGAAGUAUGUUUUAACACUGCAGUUCAUCUUGCCUUUCUUUCUUUGCGGUGUAGUACGUGAUAAUGGUGCAUUUGUAAAUAGCACAGUGAACACUGCCUUUUGUGCCUGUGGUGUGAUGUAACUCAUAGAAUUUGUGUUGUAAAAAGCAAUAACUGUGACCAAUAAAUGAAAAGGUCAAAACUGUAAAA